ACAACAUGUCUCCAAGAUUUCUCUCUCCCAAUACAAAGAUUCCUCCUCUCCCCCUCUCUACUCUACUGUGAGUAAGAUCUUCACGUGGUCCAUGACAGAAACCCACCUCUUGUUCUAGUUUGACACUACAAAACCCACUCACAGGUGUUUUAGCUCCUGUUUCAUUCCUCUAUACUAAUGUCUAUAAACUCAAACUCUCUCCUUUUCGUUGAAACAAGCAAAACAAAAUAAUCUUUGUUUUCUUCCUUCCUUUUUCCUUCUUGUUUAGUCAUUUCUAAUCUCAUUUUUUCUACCUGUUUGAUGGUUUAUGGAGAAUCCAAAUAAAUCACUCAAUAGUUUUUACAACUACCCUUUCCAAAAUCUAGCCGAUUCAUGCUGCAUGUCCAAUAAGAAGAAGGAGAAAUGGAAGAUUCAGUCACAAUUACAAAAUCCCUUUUCUCUAUACACCCACAUUUUCUUGCUUCUGCUCAUUUCUGCAUUUCAACCAGUUUCGAGCCAAGUUUGGGAUGGUGUGAUUGUCACCCAAGCUGAUUUUCAAGCACUGCAAGCCUUCAAGCAUGAACUGGUUGAUCCAAAAGGCAUCUUGAGAAGCUGGAAUGACAGUGGCUAUGGAGCUUGUUCUGGUGGUUGGAUUGGAAUCAAGUGUGCUCAAGGCCAAGUUAUUGUAAUCCAGCUUCCUUGGAAAGGACUAGGGGGCAGAAUCACUGAGAAAAUUGGCCAACUUCAAGAACUAAGAAAGCUUAGCCUCCAUGACAAUGUCAUCGGUGGCUCAAUCCCUCAAGAAUUGGGAUUUCUCCCCAAUCUUAGAGGUGUUCAGUUAUUCAAUAACCGGUUGUCAGGUUCAAUCCCUCCUUCAUUAGGUUCUUGCCCUUUGCUUCAAACUCUAGACCUUAGUAAUAAUUUACUCACUGGGUCUAUCCCCUUUAGUCUUGCAAACUCUACCAAGCUUUUUAGGCUCAAUUUGAGCCACAAUUCACUUUCGGGUUUAAUCCCAGUUAGUCUCACAAGCUCUUCUUCCCUGAUUUUCCUUGAUCUUCAAUACAAUAACCUCUCUGGUGCCAUUCCAAACUCUUGGGGUGCAACGCAAAAGAAGAGUAACUUUCUUCCACUUCAGCACUUAUCCCUUAGUCAUAACUUCUUUUCUGGAAGUAUUCCUGCUUCUUUGGGCAAGCUGAGAGAGCUCCAAGAUAUUUAUGUUAGUCACAACCAAAUAAAUGGAGCUAUACCUGUUGAAAUAGGGGGGCUCUCUAGGCUUAGAACACUUGAUCUUUCCAAUAAUGCCAUUAAUGGAAGCUUGUCUGAUAGCCUUUCCAAUAUAUCCUCUCUUGUUCUGUUGAAUCUCGAGAACAAUUACCUUGAUAACCGAAUUCCAGAAGCCAUUGGCAGAUUGCAUAAUCUCUCUGUCCUCAACUUGAAGGGAAACCAAUUUAGUGGUCACAUUCCUGCAACAAUAGGAAACAUUUCUACACUCACACAACUUGACGUGUCCGAGAAUAAGCUCAGUGGAGAAAUUCCAGAUUCCCUUGCCGACCUAAAUAACCUUAUUUCAUUCAAUGUUUCUUACAAUAACCUCUCAGGUCCUGUUCCCAUUCCUCUAUCUCAAAAGUUCAAUUCAAGCUCUUUCGUGGGGAAUAUUCAACUAUGUGGAUAUAGUGGUACUGCUCCAUGUCCUUCCCAUGCGCCUUCCCCAAGUGUCCCAGUUUCACCACCAGAGAAACCGAAGAAACAUCAUCGUAAACUGAGCACAAAAGACAUAAUUCUCAUUGCAGCAGGAGCUCUUCUCGUUGUAAUGCUUAUAAUUUGCUGCAUUUUGCUUUGCUGUUUGAUAAGGAAAAGGGCUGCAUCAAAAUCAAAUAAUGGUCAAGCCACGACAAGGGCAGCAGCGGCAAGAGGCGAAAAGGGGGUCCCGCCUGCGGCAGGUGAAGUUGAAUCUGGUGGAGAAGCUGGAGGGAAACUAGUCCAUUUUGAUGGGCCAAUGGUUUUUACAGCUGAUGAUCUUUUGUGCGCAACUGCUGAAAUUAUGGGAAAGAGCACUUAUGGGACUGUCUAUAGGGCCACAUUAGAGGAUGGGAAUCAAGUUGCAGUGAAAAGAUUAAGAGAAAAGAUCACCAAGGGCCAAAGAGAGUUCGAAAGCGAGGUUAAUGUGCUUGGUAAAAUCCGGCACCCAAAUCUUUUGGCAUUAAGGGCAUAUUAUUUGGGACCUAAAGGAGAGAAGCUUCUUGUUUUCGACUACAUACCUAAAGGGAGUCUGGCAACAUUCCUCCAUGCUAGAGGACCUGAUACACUAAUUGAUUGGCCAACAAGAAUGAAAAUAGCUCAGGGCAUGACGCGCGGCCUGUUCUAUCUUCACAACAACGAGAAUAUCAUACAUGGAAACCUUACAUCAAGCAAUGUCCUUCUUGAUGAGCGCACAAAUGCAAAAAUCGCAGAUUAUGGCCUAUCUCGGCUAAUGACAGCUGCUGCCAGCACUAAUGUAAUUGCAACUGCAAGUGUAUUAGGAUAUCGAGCACCAGAGCUUUCAAAGCUUAAGAAAGCAAACACAAAAACAGAUGUAUACAGCCUUGGAGUGAUUAUUUUGGAACUUCUUACAGGGAAGUCUCCUGGUGAGGCAAUGAAUGGAGUGGAUUUGCCUCAAUGGGUUGCCUCUAUUGUCAAAGAAGAGUGGACCAACGAAGUUUUUGACUUAGAAUUGAUGAAAGAUGCCUCGAUAAUCGGUGAUGAGUUGCUCAACACAUUGAAAUUGGCUUUGCAUUGUGUUGAUCCCUCACCUUCAGCACGACCAGAAGUUCAACUAGUCCUCCAGCAAUUGGAAGAGAUUAGACCAGAGACAGCUGCAAGUCCCGGACCUUCCGGAGAUGACGGUGCAGGAGUUCCUUCAACAAGUGAUUAAGGAAGGGACUCUAGAAAUGGGGUUACUUAUUUGGUGGCCAGAGAGUUUAGGAAAUAGAGUAGACCACUAUAAUUCUUUCAUUCUUGAGUCUUGGUUUUGAGCGUUAUUAUUAGUGUAUGUAGGUUCUUCCAAUUGAUCCGAAAAACAGGACAGUUUUCCGAUCAUGUUGCAUCACUGAUAUAUAUAUGAAUCUACAAAUCUUUCAUUAUUGA